AUGCGCAAGGCACUGCGUCCACUAUCGCAGGCCCCCCAGAGCUCGCCUCCACCUUCCCCCGAAAAGCGCGCGUCGACCUCGUCAGGCAGUCCCACACGAUCGCUCUCGCACAGCCGGUCACAAAGCGUCGAGAACAUCCGGUAUCAGCCCUUCGAUGGGCCAAGCUCGCCUACCUCACCGCCCUCGAAGCCGCGGCCGCUGUCCAUCGCCGUCUCUCGCGCAGACUCGAUACGCGCACCCGCCCGCGACCAUUCGUCUCGGCCUCUUUCUACACACCUCGAGAAGCCUGUCUUGCAGAGUCUGCAGAAAUCAGCGACAGGCCAUCUGCGCACUCUCUCCAAGUUCGCAGACUCAGGCAGCGAAAGCGACUUCAGCAUCAAGUCACCCGAGCAAGAAGUGGUUGGACUGCAUGGGAGACGGCGGUUGCAGCGGACUGACCAGCAACGGGAGAAGAAGACACAGUCCUCCUGGGCUCGAAGCAACUGGAUGGAUCAGCAACGCCAGUUCUUGCAGGCAUACGAGUACCUUUGUCAUAUUGGAGAAGCCAAGGAGUGGAUGGAGGACAUCAUCGACUCGGAGCUGCCGCCUGCUGUUGAGUUGGAAGAGGCGCUGCGGAACGGCGUGACGUUGGCAGAGAUCGUACAAUCGAUCAAAGGUCAGCCAUUGCGGAUAUUCCGCGAUCCGAAGUUGCAGUAUCGGCAUUCUAACAACUAUGCCCAUUUCUUCAACUUCCUGGCCGAGGUCGAGUUGCCGGACCUGUUCCAGUUCGAACUCAUCGAUCUCUACGAAAAGAAGAAUGUCCCCAAGGUCAUCUACUGUAUCCAUGCUCUGUCGUGGUUGCUGUUCCGAAAGGGCAUCGUCGACUUCCGCAUCGGCAACUUGGUCGGCAAGCUGCAAUUCGAGGAUCAUGAACUGGAGGCUACACAGAAGGGGCUGGACAAGUCGGGUGUCAGCAUGCCCAACUUCUCUGGCAUGUCGGCGAACUUCAACGUCGAGCCAGAGCCUGAGCCGGAGCCUGUGGAGUCAGAAGAGGAUCGCAUCGACCGCGAGCUGGGCGAGAGCGAACCGAUGAUCUUGGACUUGCAGGCACAGAUGAGAGGAGCGUUGGUGCGUAUGCGCCUGGGCGACAUGAUGCAAGAGCUCUGGGACCACGAGCAUCUCAUCGCAGACUUGCAAUCCCGCAUUCGUGGAGAUUGGGCAAGGCAGAUCGCAUACUACCGUCUGGACAUGCGACGCUUUGCAAUCAACCUCCAGAGCGCUGCCAGAGGUUACCUUGUCCGAUCCAGGAAACGGGGCGAGGAGGACUUCUGGCGAGACAACACAGCGCAGGUGCUCAAGGUACAGAACCUGUUCCGCGGACGCAAAGCCAGAGCACAGGUCCAGUACACCAAGUCGAAAGUACAGCAACACGAGCACGGGAUACGACAAUUCCAAGCAGCCAUCCGAGGAGCACUGGAACGACUCCGUGUAGGCGACCGAUACGCAGAGACACGGGACACCGAGCCGGCAACUGUCCACAUCCAAGCUAUGAUUCGUGGCGCCCUUCUUCGCCAUCAGGUCGAUCGCGAAUGGGCUGAGCUGCAAGCCCACGAGGCGCACAUCGCAGACUUUCAGGCCGUCUCUCGAGCGGCACUUCUACGACAGGAACUACGAGCCGACCAGGAAAACCUUCGCCAACACGAGGAAAUGGUUACUCUCUUGCAGGCGGCUGCCCGAGGUAUUCUCGCUAGGAAGCAGAAUGCCGAUAUGCAAGACCAACUGGUAAGCACGUCAGUCGAUUGGUCCGCUGUUCAGUCCAAGAUUCGCGGCAAUGUCGCGAGAAUCGCUUUCGGACAAUUGAUGAGUGCAUUUGCGCUCCACGCCGAAGAGCCGCAGAUCACCGAUCUACAAGCGAUCGCAAGAGGUGGCCGUAUACGAUCAGAAACUGCAAACACGCUUGCGCAGUUGCGCGAGCAAGAAACUACUGUACUUUCCUUGCAGGCUUACAUUCGUGGUUUCCUUUCACGGCAAAGGCACUUCUCUGACCUCAAGGCUCUGCAGGCACAGACACCAGCAUUCGUCGACCUUCAAUCGGCAAGUCGAGGAUUCGUGCAGAGGCAGCGAACCUAUGAUAUACUCUGCCAGCUCAACGCUCAAGAGCCAGAGAUCACUCAGCUUCAAGGAGACGCACGCGGCAUGUUGCUUCGCCUGGAGAUCGGCAUGCAGCUUGGCCAACUCGAGGAGCACGAAGAGGCUGUCGUCGAACUUCAGGCGCUGGCACGUGCUAUGGUUGUCCGCCAGAAGCAUGCGGAGAAGCAACAGUUCUACAGAGAGAAUAUGGAGAAGGUCAUCAAGAUUCAGAGUUUCGUUCGUGGUCGACAACAGGGCGAGGCAUACAAGAGCUUGACAAGCGGGAAGAACCCACCGGUGUCAACCGUGAAAAACUUUGUCCACUUGCUCAAUGACAGCGACAUCGACUUUGAUGAAGAGAUUGAGUUUGAGCGCCUGCGAAAGACCGUGGUUCAGCACGUACGACAAAACGAACUUGCUGAGCAAUACGUCGAUCAGUUGGACAUCAAGAUCGCGUUGCUAGUCAAGAACAAGAUCACAUUGGACGAGGUCGUCAAGCACCAGAAGCACUUCGGAGGUCACGUCGGCACACUUCUUAGCAGCAAGGACAUAUCUUCCAAGGAUCCGUUCGAUCUGAAGGCGCUCAACAAGACUUCGCGCAGAAAGCUCGAGCAGUACCAAGAGUUGUUCUUUACUCUUCAGACACAGCCUCAAUACCUGGCACGUUUGUUCAGGCGCGUACGCGAACAGCGCCUUGAGGAAAAGGACACUAAACGCAUUGAGCAGUUGACCAUGAGCCUGUUCGGUCUGGCCCAGAAGCGGAGAGAAGAGUAUUGGCUACUGAAGCUUAUGGCAAGAUCUCUAAAGGAGGAAAUCGACGGUUGCGCAACACUACAGGAAUUCACGCGUGGAAACUUCUUCUGGACAAAGCUGUUCGGCAGCUUUGUUCGUUCGCCCCGAGACCGCAAGUUCUUGAAGGAGCUUCUGGGCACUGUCAUCCGUGAGAACAUCAUUGACAACGAGGAGCUGGAUCUCGAGAGCGACCCUAUGCAGAUCUACAAGUCUGCAAUCAACAACGAGGAGCUCCGCACCGGUCAACAGAGUCGACGUGACCCGAACGUAACACGAGACAUGGCGCUCAAGGAUCAAGAGACACGAGCUACGUUCAUUCACAACCUCCAGGACCUUAGAGACGUUGCAGACCAAUACUUCUCAAUGCUUGAGGAAGUACUUCACCGGAUGCCGUAUGGUGUCCGCUAUCUUACCCAACAGAUGUUCGAGGAGCUGCACCAGAAGUUCCCGUACGAACCGCAAGAGCAGCUUCUUCAGGUUGCAGGCCAUUGGGUAUGGCGAUCCUACAUUCAACCUGCCCUCGCUCAGCCUCAGCACUGGGGUGUGGUCGACCGCGGUCUGUCUAACGUCAUGGGCCGCAACCUCAAUGCUGUUGGCAAGGUGCUUGGGCAAAUAGCGGCAGGAAAGCUGUUUGGCGGUGAAGACCUCUACUUGCAACCACUCAACAGCUAUAUUACCGAAGCUAUCGACCGUCUGCAGGAUAUCUGGUCGAACCUCAUCAACGUACGCGAUGCCGAGACAUACUUCGAGAUCGAUGAGUUCAACGAUCUCUUUGCUCGCACCAAGCCAACGCUAUACAUCAAGCUUGCAGACGUCUUCGCCAUUCACAACCUUGUUAUCGAUGACCUCCCAACCCUCUGUCCUUCCCAAGACGAUCCCCUCCGCGAGGUUGUCCGUGAACUGGGAAGCGCAAAAAACAAUGAGAACGAGCUGUUGCACGUUAGCUCGACCGAAAUCACCCUGACACUGAAUCCCAAGUUCCACGAACAAGAAGAUCCCGAUGCGCACCUCAAGUCACUGUUUAUGGAGACGAAGCGCUACGCACUGUACAUCAUCCGCGUCCAGACCGGUGCCAACCUCACAGAGAUUCUGUGCAAACCCGUCACGCCACAAGACGAAGACCGAUGGGACGCACUCGUUCGUGAAGAACUCGCUGCGCAGAGGAAGGACCGCAACCGCAAGCACAGCGCCGUUCGAUCGUCAGCCGCCUCCACGUACACCACUGACAUGGGAUCUAACUCUGUCUUGGAACUCGACUACCCCACACUGAAGCAAUACUGCCUGGAGAACAUGGUCCAACUCCAACGCGCUGGCCGCAUCUCCCCCCACAACAACUACCAGGACCUGCUCAACGCCAUCGCCGUGGACAUCCGCACCAAGCACCGACGCCGCAUGGAGCGCGCACGCGAGAUGGAGGGUGUACGCACUACGCUUGCAGCACUAGACGAGAAGGCGCACUUCCUCGAGCAACAGCUCAAGAGCUACAACGACUACAUCGAGCAAGCGAUGGUGACCCUGCAAUCCAAGAAGGGCAAGAAGAAAUUCCUCCUCCCCUUCACCCGCCAAUACAACCACAUGCGCGAACUCAAAUCCACAGGCCGCGCCUACCGCUUCGGCUCCUUUAAAUACUCCGCGCGCAACCUCGCGCAAAAGGGCAUCCUGGUGUCCUGGAACGGGUACCCGGAAUCUGCAUGGGAUCGUCUCGAGGUUACCUUCAGCUCGAACCAGACGGGCAUCUUCGAGAUCCAGGGGAGCCAGGGCAGCAUGAUGAUUCCGGGUGCGUUUGCAGAGGUCCCGCUUGACGGGCUGCUGCAGGCGCAGUUUGAUAACCAUCAGUUUAUGAAUUUGUUCGGCGAGGGCAAGGAUGGGAGUGGGCAGGGGGCCGUCAGGGUUAAUGUUAAUUUGUUUUUGCAUUUGAUUUUCAAGAAGUUCUACCGCGAUGAGUAG